GUUUGCAUGACACUUGGCAUUUUGAAUUCACCAGAGGCAGACAUAUUGAGCUGGUCUCUCCAACUUACUCUCGGAGUAACUACGCCAGUCGAAGUCAAAUACAGGAAGCUCCCCAUUUCCUACGGCAUUCAGAGGGUUUUCCCCAUGCCAACGAACGCAACCCAGUGGCAUACAGCACCAGAUAUAAUGCGGAGGCGAGAGACAUCCAACAGGAUCCUAAGGAACAUUUACGCCCCUCUUGAAUCAUUGCUCGAACAGUACGGCUUCAAUGGUCGAAUGUGUGUCCUCAGAAGCAUCUGUGAGGCUGCCCACUCACCAUUCUACCACGAGGACAUGAACUUCCUCGAGGAAGUGAUUCAUGCAAUUUUAACGCCUUCGCAGGAGCUCAUGCCUGAGGAAGUCAACUGUAGUGAUAACACACAACUUCUGGAGAAUCUUCCAUCUGACAAACAAUAUGUGGGUGCAGAGUGUCUGGGGAAAUCCGAAGGAGACUGCCAUACUGCUUAUCCGGAUUGUCCAGUAUCACCAUUGGAUUUCAUCUCCCAAGAAUUCAACAUAGAUGCAAUUAAGGAGUGA